UGUCCUGAGCUGUCAUCCGUUUUGUCAACUGUGUGGAGCGAGAUGUUAGCAGGCAACGUUAUUCCCCAUCACUGAGGCCCGACAUGUGUAAUGGCACUUGCAUUUUACUGUAUUUUAAGGUUCUUAAAUCUUCAUUGAUCCUCCACGAAAGCAUUGGAGCUAGAGUUGCUGACGACUGUUUUCUCUCAAAGUAGGGUUAGGGUUAGCUCUAUGUAGCAACUUGCUUUUACGGGCUACUUUUUAUUCUUGUGAAAAGAUGCACACCAGAGAAUGCAUCGUAUCUGCUCCGGGAAAAGCAAUUCUUCAUGGAGAACAUGCAGUUGUACACGGAAAGGUCGCACUUGCUGUGAGUUUGAAUCUGAGAACAUACUUGAAGUUGAAAGCCACUAACCGUGGUAAAGUGUGCAUCAACCUCCCAAACAUUGACACCUUCCUCUGUUGGGAUGCUUCUGAGUUGAAGGCUCUUCUGCCACUGUCACGUGGCAAGCAGGAGGAAGUAAAGCGACUAGAUCCUGAGCUUGUCAAGAGACUGCGUGACUUUGUCGGUGUAGCAAAUGGAAACUUGGAUACAAGCAACAUGGCCACCUUGGCGUUUCUCUACAUCUACCUCUCGUUGUUUGGAUCAGGUGAGCUGCCAAGCCUUACAAUAUCCGUGUGGUCAGAGCUGCCGACCGGAGCAGGAUUGGGUUCGAGCGCAGCCUAUUCAGUGUGUUUAGCCGCAGCUCUGCUUUGUGCAAGUGGAGCCAUUCCCGCUCCUCUCAAAGAGUUGGAACACACCGCCAGAUGGUGUCAGGAGGACCUGGAGUUGAUCAACAGCUGGGCCUUCCAAGGAGAAAUGAUCAUCCAUGGUAAUCCUUCUGGAGUUGACAACGCUGUAGGGAGUUGGGGAGGCAUGCUGAGGUUCUUGGCCGGGAGGAUAAUACCACUGAGCAGGGUGCCAUUAUUAAGAAUCCUCCUAACGAACACUAAAGUGCCACGUAGCACCAAGGUGCUUGUUGCCAGGGUGAAGGACAAAAUUAACAAGUUUCCCACCAUUUUGACCUCUGUGCUCGACUCGGUCGAUGCCAUUUCCUGCACUUGUGAGAAAGUCCUCCUAGAGAUGACCAACGAGCCCAUCACAGGAGAGCACUACAAUAUUUUAGAGGAGCUGAUUGAUAUCAACCAGCAUCAUUUGAACGUAAUGGGCGUUGGACAUCCUGCCCUGGAUACCGUGUGUCGGGUCACGCUCGCCAGGGGUCUGCACAGCAAGCUAACAGGUGCAGGGGGCGGAGGCUGUGCCAUUACUCUUCUGAGACCAGAAACAGAUUCCGCGGUAGUCCAGACUACGAUUCGGGACUUGAAAGACUGCGACUUUGACUGCUGGGAAACGAGUAUUGGCGGGCCUGGUGUCCAAGUGCAUUCCCCCCUCUCUGUAAAGGAGGAUAUUCUAGGAAUAUUAAACCGUUAUUGAGACAUGGCCAUGGAUGUGCGAGUGAAUACAUUUGAUAUUCAGGUUUGCUCCAGUGAACCAAGGGACAUUUUCGACCCGAGCAAAAAAUGGAGUACAUUGAAUCAUGCAUCUUGUUGACUGAUAAUUGUAUGUAAUACACGUUUUCCGCUAGAUGGCGAUAGAGUUCCAUAAAUUCUCCUUAUUGGAGAGUCUGUUUCUAAAUGUUUGCUCAAGUGCAGCGCUGCACUCUUGAUUGUACACUACCAAAAUGAUCAUGACUGAGUCAAGUCAAGUUUUUAGCUUCACCCUUGACUUCUUUUAAAGCUUGGUGUGUUCUGAACAUUGUAUACUCUGUCUUCGGAACAUCUCUCAACCUCGAAAACCUUGCUUAUUAUAACUGCAAAGGCUGCACAUACAGAUGAUGGAUCUGUUUGGAAUAUUCCUGGUUUGGAAAAAGGUCAUCCUGGGAUUUACAAGUUUUUGAAUUUCCUUCUUCCUCCCCCCUUAUAUGUCAUGAAGAUUAAGUUCUGCGGUGUAUGUGAAUAAACGACAUUUGUCACCCUCCCUUUCUUCUUGCCUGCCGCCCCCUCUGUCCCCUUGGAUUGUGUCAUCUUUAUGUUCAGUGAACAUCACCGCCCCCAAUCUUGCACACACCCCCUUGGCAGUACACUGCACAGUUGCCCCUAACCCCUGCUGGAAUUUAAUUACCACUGUGCUUUUCAAUUGAACCGGCAUCGACAAGAGGGAGGGGGGGCAAGGGCGAGACAACAGAGCCGGUUUCAUUUGAAGCGCCUCUCUCCGCUCUUUCAUUCUCACUCUUUUUUUUUUCUUCCUGUGAGCCACAGAUGUUUUUUUUUUUCCCCAAUGUCAAUGCCUGCUUCUUUCUGAAUAGAAUCUGAGGAGGCUGUAAGAUUAUUUCAGAUAACAUAGGAAGUGGUGCAAAGGGGUCAAGGAUGCUUAUGUCCGAGUUGGAGGGAUUUGAUUUAAAAAACGGUGCUGUCCCAGAAGUGUGAUACCGCAGAGAAAUGCAGGCUAGCCAAUGUUAAAUGCAGUUUUGCAGUUUCAGAAAUUGAGGAUGUUGAAUUCAUUUGAUCUAAGAUGAAGAUUAAAAUGUGAAUGUGCUGAGUGGUCAUGCUCACCAGGGACGUUCUCCCUCUGGACCCCCAGUGGGUGGCUGGAGAGCUUGUCAGGAGCCAUUAAGUUUGAAUACACAACCCGAGCUGAGUGACAACAUGGCAUGUCGCUGAUGGCGGCUGCUUUUACGAACAGGGGUUUUAGUGACUUCCUACAGAGAGUGUUUACAUGUGCGACUCUGCACUCACAGGCCUCACUAUAUAUAUAUAUAUUGUCAGCUUGUAUUAUCCAAGACAACAGUUUAAUGUUACACAUUUACAGUAGCUGUGCCAGAGUGGGACGGAGAAAUUUGCUCAGCAGGGCUCGAUUUUACCCAGACAAGAAACAUCAACGUCAUGAUCUUGGGAAUGAUCUUCCCGGGGGUGUUUACCCUUUCAUUGAGCAGGGUGGGAGGUUUUAGUGCACUGCCAAGGAACUGAGUGCAUUGAGUUGAAAUUGUAAGUUAUGGAUAUUCCUUCUUGCUCUAAGAAUCAUAUAUUUGCAAUCUACAUAAACAGCUUUGCUAUUCCGCUUUUACGGAUUGCAUAUAUACAUGCAUAAACAUACAUUUGGAAUGUGUGACCUUUCAAAACAAAGCACUGUCUUCUCUGUAACCUUAGCCUGUCUAUCAGCUAUGAACAAUGUCAGUCUUGUUAAAGGGGCCUGUUGACCAUUAAGACAGGAAUUAACAAGAAAGUCGUUUAUUGGUAUUGCAACUACUUUACUCGUCUUCACAUAAAGGAAAUGUAACCCAAGAGGUUGAGGCAAGCAGUCUUUUUGCCCGUUGUUGACUUUAUACAAAAAUUGUAAAAACUCUAUUUUGACAAAAAGAUGGCAAAGCAGUUCUGGUAUAUAAGGGUUAGGGUUUGACCUCAUCUGCUGAAGACAUUUUACAAAAAUGAUUCUGACAGCAUAGCAUUAGCAUAGCAUAUUCGCUUUCUCCUGACUGUUAAACCAUCUUGAGAUGUGUGACCCUUUUAAAUACAUAUUUUUCUUGUAAGGUUCCAACCAUUUGAUUGGUUGGAUGUCAGGCACAUUUCUCUCUACAGGGCGGUCCCUCUGUGGAUAGUCCCUUUGGACUGUUUGUUGUAAACAUCUGCAACCCUUAACACACUUUGACUUCCAGUCGCCAUUCUUUUUUUUCCUCUCCAUCACAGAAUUGUAUCAUGUCGUCGUAUUGAUCCAGUAAUUGAUUGUGUGAAGCGGGUACCUGCAACACACUGUCAUCCUUCAGUGCCACUAGCACACUUGUUUAAUUGUAGACAAAAGCACCUUUCUUUCUUGUUGCCUUUGAAAAGACUCAUUGAUUUUUAUAGCACCCUUCAUCCUUGGCUCAUUGUGUGUGUGUGUGGGGCUUGUGUUGAAGCACUACGAAGCAUAUGUUUUUACUUGGAAUUUGUCUAAAGCAGUAGAAAAGCAAUCAUUAUGUUCUCCCAGUCUGUUGCGCAACCCUUCAUUAUUUAAUUUGAAUGGGGUUUUAUCCAAUUGAUUGACUUGACAAUUCACUUAAAGCAAAUAUAUUUUGCUCAUCAAA